GCCAGAACAAAAGUCGGAACUCGGAAUCCGUGAGGCCUGGUUGGCUGUUGAGCAAAUGGUCGACGGCCUGGGCUGUUAGCAAGGGCGAUGGUAUCGGUCAUACCUACUCAAUAGGUAUAUGCUCGCCACUUGCAAUGUGCAGACUGGGACAUUCAACUGUACAUUCCCGCCGGUUUAACUUGGAAGAUCUUUCCUUGGAACGGUCGGAGCCACCUUGGCACCCCUGCGGAUGAGCUAGAACCAUAAAGCAACUGCUCCACCCUAAACUGUUUGUGCUAAAACAACCACACGAACCUUGGAAGACGACAUUCGCAUGUUGAAUAGCCGCAGUCACAAGCACUAGGUUAUGAGAACUGGAAAUAACCGACGCAACACCUCGCCUCAAACACUGACAUAUACAUUUCAACGCGACAAUAUACAGUCUUGGAGAUAGCGUGACGACUCAUGCAUGCAUCGGAACCAACACACUACACCAGGGCCCUGCUAUACACUUUCAAGGGCCAGACGACCUUGGCUAGUGCCGACGACCACUCGCAACGAGUCCGACCGCCCGCUCCAACGACAAGACGCGCCACGAAAAACGCGGCGGGCUGUCUUCACGAGAGUUGACAGCCCGCUCUGACCUGCAUUCCUCGCAGGAUCCUCUGUCCUCGAUUUCCUCUGUGUCAUGCAAGACGUCAGCAGCGGAUAAGACCCCUCAGCCUCAAUGGUCCGCCGCCCCAUCUGAUCUGGGUAGACCAGCAACCAUGACGGGACCACAAGGUGAUGAACCUCCGGCGACAAGCAACGGCGCGCCUUAUCCGAUUUACGCCGACUUCUACGAUACCAGCGGCCUGGACUGCAGCGCAGCGGGAACGGCAACCAACGAGGGUGACAUCGCCUACCCGUCUGGCUGGGACUAUGCCAUGUUCGACGUCCACAUGCCAUACCCUCCACUCUCCCUGGGAGCAGCCCGAGGCGGAGGGGAAUCCCUCCAGCGUCAGACUGCGUGGAACUUUGGGGCUCCGCCAUAUCCAGCCCGCACAGACACCACCAUGGGCGAUACAUUAGCCAUGGCCGACCCCGCGUUCGAGUAUACUUCUGUGGAACAACCGGCGGUGGCCGAUACGGUGUCUCACCACGCCGUUGGUCUUCAGCUAACACAUGGCUACCAAGGCUGGCUUGAGUGUCCCCAGACACCGCCGAUGGGACAGAUGUCACCACUGCCCAGUCAAAGCAGUCACUAUACGUCGUCGCCAGUGAGUGGCGCUGGACUAAAUUACUCACGAGAUAGCAGUUGCUCGUCCCUCACGACUUCGAGGGUCCCCAUUCUCGACCAGACCAGGCUCGACGCGCGAUUCAAACCGGUUCCUGAUCAAGCAUUGAGCCCACAAGAAGGGAAGCUCCCCCCUGGAGGACCGCGAACAGGCGCGGACGCGUACGCGGGACAAGCAACGCGGCAGUGGGGAUAUCUCCAGGGUCAGACGAUAAAGAAGAUCACUACAGGUACCACAGACCACGACGCCGGCACUGUUUCCCCGGUCACGACGCCUUCUCCGGGGAACACCAAUACGGCCACCUCCAGCCAACCAGCCACCCAGAACGUCCGACCCCCCUUGGAUCACCGAACACCGGGAACCGAUAAGAGGAAAGAAAAACCGCUGGCUCGCACCCGGCAGACGACCAAACAAAGGCAGGCCGAGCCCGCAUCACAAGCCAAGGGCCAAGCUGAGGCGAAACCUGCAGAGCCGACGGCGAGGCAUCGGAACCGCGAUGCCGCCAACAAAUGCCGGGCCAAGACGAAGAAGGCGGUAGCGGAGCUCGAGUCCACGGAGCUCGCCAAGAGGUCAGAGCACAGGGAGCUGUCGGCGACGGCGAGGAGCCUGCAGGACGAGGUGCUGGGGCUCAAGACCGAGCUGCUCGCCCACGGGAACUGCGACGACGCUCUCAUCCAGCAGUACCUCAUGAACCAGGCCCGCAGGGUCGGUCAAGGCGUAGCAACGGCUCAACACCAACGACAAUGACAACAACAACAUAGAGAGCAGAAGCAACACCAGCGGCACCGGCCACGGGGCCACAGCCGCAACCACACGCAGUACCUCGCCAUUAUCAGCUAGGUAGUACGGUUUAGGAGCCAUUUGCAGACGCCACGAUUCGCCUCAGUCGACCCAGCCAUCUCGAACCCGGUUCUUCGUCUCCUUGUUGUGUUCGAGGUCUCCGAAGGGACGAGCCGAGGCGAGAGACGAAAGGAUUCUGACCAACGCAGUCUUUCCUUGCACCACCAACGCCGUUUUGGCCUCAGGCUGACAAUGUGUACACUUACGUGUGCAUUUUGAACGUGGCAAGAGGGAGGGAUUCGGCAAAUUUCACAUCUCUCUAUUUUCGUGAGCACACUUUCUCUCUUUCUUUUAUUUCUCUCUUGACGAAGCGGGAGUGUCGAUGGCAGGUAUGUGAGGUCUCUUUUAUUCAAGAGGGGAGUUUCGCACCUUGGCCCAGAAUGAUCGAUUAAUGGGCAUGGAGGAUGCGCUGAACGACUUUGAUACCCUAUGAGAACCCGGUGGGAUCUGGUAGUUGAUUCCAAGGUUGUAUUGCUCACCCCCUCUAGUAGCUGUUCCCACAACCCUGCAUGUCUCUCAUCACUUGCUCGUAUUCUUCUCCCUCCCAUAUAACUAACCUUUCCUUUCCUAUCUUCUUCGACUCUGAUGUUGGCCUUGGGGAGCAAGUCGUGAUCCAGAGCUUUCGGGUCGGAUUUGGGGACGGACGGCUGGAAUCGGUGACUGGAAAUGACGAACUGUUUUAAUCUGGCGAAGGAUCCAACCACGCUUGCUUGGUCGUGGUCUGAUCCUUAAUAAAAUCUGUUUUGGUGGUCGGGGUUCAGGGUAGGCGUCAGGACAACAGCGAGGUAGCGUUCACGAAGACUCCAGACUUGUUGAACAGGCAGGCGGCUGGUCGGCUACCGAGCCCAAACUGACGUGUGCGUCAGGGCCAAGUCUGCACUUUGGUUACUCUGAAAACACUUAUUGUUUCUCGUAUGAUUGCUGUGUUCUGUCCAGAUUCCGAGGUCUCCUUUCGUGUCGGAGCUGUCCGGUAAAGCGAGGCUUGGGCCGCAAGAAGGGCGAAGGCUCUUUCUUUCGCGUAUCGACGUAGCGAGAAGGAGGAAGCGUCCGGCUAUUUGUAGACCAAGUUCUAUCGUCUGAAUUCGUAAGUGGGCCACGUUACGGAAAAAUCACGCGCCCUCGGGAUGCCGGUGCGUGUUCGAGUUGCUGCGGAUCCUAGACAUCGAGAUCAUCGCUAAAGUCCAUGCUCAGGUACGAUGUGGGUCCCAUCGGGCGUCUCGGAGGGGUACAAGCACAAGCAGGAGGCACCCAGUGCCUAGGUCUCCUGUGUGAAUGGUUGUUCACCGGUCAUGCCCAGGUGAUUCCAAGGUUGUUGUUGGAUGCGUGGUUGCACGGGUGCGCUGUGGUGGUGUAGGCGAUCACGUACAAUUGUCGGACCAAAACUUCCCAGCCUGAAGGCUUUCGAACAUCAGGACAACCAAAAUCAAUCCCAUAUCACCAGCACUGCCAUGAUUUGCUGCCUUCGUCUUGC